GGGACACGCACACAUUUUCCCCCCUUGUUCAGCCUCUUUCAAAUUAUCUACUUGGACGUCUUUUCUAUUUCUGUGUUGUUUAACAGCAACGAGAACCCCAUCCCAUUUUGGAUUGAUUUUACUAAUUCAGCUUGACGCAGGAUACAAAAAUUACGAAAUAAUUUUAUCCUGUCGAGGGCAGUGACAUGCGCAGUGGCGUCGGCACUGCCAAAAUCUUAAAGGAAGAGGAAAGAAGGAGGGGAGCAGAAUUUGACAUUGGUCAUUUGGACAGAAUUCUCUGUGAUACAAUAACGGCAGGCCAGAACGAUGAGCUUUUUGUACAGACGCCUGAGACAUCUGCCUGCAGUAUGGAGAUGGAAGAGGUGGGUGGAGGUUUCUCCCCUCCCUGCCACUGGCUUCCAUUGUAGGACUUUCUGUUCUACCACUUCAGAACCAGAUCCCAUAGAGAUCCACAAGAGAAAACUUUUUCUGUGGUUCAGCCACCUUCCUCAGGAGGAGAAACAAUUUGGGGGAUACUUCAGCCCAGAGACCAUGCAUGUCAGUCCACUGAUCUUGGAGAGAUCAGCUGAAGAAAGGGCAGGACUGCUCAGCUCCCCAUUCCAAACCCAGAACCCCUCCAGCCCCUCUUUGACUGUGGAGCAGCUGUUUCAGCCCACUGAAAGCUGGAGUGAGAGUCGGGGGCUGAAUGUGCUGCUGUACGGGGCUGUGGGAACGGGGAAAAGCACAGUGGUUCGAAAGCUGGUAUUGGAUUGGUGCACUGGGAAAACUCUGGUCCACUGCAAACUUCUAAUUCCGUUCUCGUGUGAGGACCUCAGCCAACUGUCAAAGACGGCUUCCUUAAGGGACCUAGUGAGCAGGAAGUACCUUCACUUGAGAAAACACCCCCUGCUGAGUGGGGAGGGAAACCAGGCCAAGGAUGUACUCUUUCUCUUCAAUGGAAUGGAGAAGAUGCAACUAGACUUCCGGAUUGGAGCCACAGAGCUUUGCAGUGAUCCAAAUGAAGCAUUUCCUCCAUCUGUGGUGGUAGUGAACCUGCUGAGAAAGUACCUCUUGCCAGAGGCCAACAUAUUGGUUACCACCAGACUAUCUGCUUUGGACUGUAUCCCUCCAAAGUAUGUUAGCCGUUAUGCACAGAUUUGUGGAUUCAAUGACCCAGACCGUCAGCGGGCAUACUUCACAAGCCGUUUGUUGCAGCAGAAUGGAGAGAGUGCACGUCACCAAGAGGCCAAGGCACUUAUAGAGUUGCUUUACCACAACCUCAAGAGAGAAACCCAGCUGGCGGCAGCCUGCUACCUCCCCUCCUACUGUUGGCUCACAUGUGCUACUUUACACUUCCUCAGUUUCACAGAUGCUAAGUCCCCUAUUCGCACACUGACUGGAAUAUAUACCAGUUUCCUCAGGCUGAACUUUGGGGGUGAGGUCCUGGGCACUGGAGCAUGGACAGAUAUGCCCAGUCAGGGACACCACAGAUCUCUGAUGUUGUAUGUUGUUGGUACAGUUGGUAAACUUGCAUUUGAUGGUGUGACGCACAAAUACACGUCUUUCUCACAAAGAGAAAUUGAGCAGUGGAUAGGAGGAGAGACCAAGACUGAUGAAGAGCUACGUCAACUUGCUGUGUUCCGGACCGAUGUACUAGACUUCUUCUUAGCCCCAUGUGUAGAAAGUGGUAAGCAUUUACCACAAGAACUCGGCGAGAGUGAUGAAAGGCGUUAUGUAUUUGCUGUCCCAGCCAUGCAGGAAUAUCUUGCAGCUCUUUAUGUGGUUCUUGGAGAAAACAAAUCAGCUCUACAAAAGCUGACCAGUCAGGUGUCUUCAGCCAUUGGUCAAGUAAGCGAAGAUGUGAAUGUUGUUGUUGGCAUACUUUCUAAGUUCAUCCCCCUCCGAAUCUUUGCUGUAUUCAACCUCCUUAAGCUUUUUCCAAAGCUCUAUGAGAAAAUCAGCAGCUAUAACAAAGGUAGCAUUGCCAGAACCAUGACGGCUGAGAUGUUCCGUACUGAGGAUAGUUACAACGAAGAUGUCUUGGAUCAAGUGACACAAAGCCUUCUUGGAGUCCAUGGCCCACAGUCACAACAGUACAGUGAGGGCAAGCCUUUUGAGCUGUACCCUAUCUUCAUGGGUGGACUGUUGCAUUAUGGUAACCGUGUGCUUCUUCAGCAACUUGGGUGCGUCAUUCACAGCACCACAGUGGCCCAGAUCACACGUGCCCUUAGGAAGUACCUUGUCAGAGAGCUCAGCAAGGCACAACCACCAGAGGAACUGAUGGAUCUACUGGUUCUUCUGUAUGAGUUCCAAAACCCCAGACUGAGUGCUGAGGUUUUGACCUCAAUCAAAACCAUCAGGCUCACCAACAUUAGAAUGACUUCCCUCAAAUGCUUCAUACUGAGUUCUGUGCUCUCAUGCACCCCUGCAAGUUACCAACUUGAAGAAUUGGACCUGUCCUCCUGUCUUCUCACUCAAGACAUGCUUCCCAUGCUCAGGCCUGCCUUCAGACACACACACAAACUCAAAGUGUGUGACAACCCUCUUCUGAAGUCUGCAACCUGCACACUGCUGGAGGCCCUGGCAGAGAACCAGUCUCUUACACACCUCUCUCUAAUGCACACUGAGCUGUGUGAUGAGGGCACCCUGGAGCUGGCUUUAAGUCUCCAGCAGCACUCAGGGCUCCAGGAGCUCAAUGUGGCCUACAAUAAUAUUGGAGACAACGCUGCUCUGGCUCUGGUGGAAGCCUGUAGAGAGCAUCCCAGCAUUCACACUGUGCACUUGUAUCUUAACCCUAUUAGUGAUGUGGGAACACAGUCCCUGUAUGCCCUGGGCAUUCCCAUGAACCACGAUGACAACAAAAAACAUGUCGAGGUCCUGGUUUCUGUCACUGAAGGUCCAGAGAUCUCCAAGAACUGGCAGCCAAUCCUCAGCGUGAUUCAGGAGAACGCAUCAUCCUGGGACAAAGAACAUCUCAAACAGCAGCUUAAGGUCUUCCUCAGGGAUCUGGAGCGGGGUCGUCACCAGCAGCAGAGCAUCUGGAAAAGACUACACUUCCUUAGAGUGGAGAAAAGAGUGCAAAAGACUCUACAGAUGCUUGAGAGGAACACACUGCAUCAUAAAACAACCUUCUAGGACUUAAUACUAUAUUAUUUUCACUUGUGCAAUAAUAUCUCAAUGCUGAAAUACUAGUUAACGUGUUUCAUAGUGCCAGACUGAACUAAACUUAAUAGUGUUAUUGUAAUACUAAUAAUUUAGUUUGUCAAAUUUAGUUUAGUUUUAGUUUUUUUAAAAAAAAAAUUUAAAAAAAAAGCGUAACCUGGGAAUGGUAUAGCUAAUUAGACUGCACUCGUUGGUCUGCACUGACUGACCAUGCUCUACUACUAUCUUAAGUACUAUCAAGUGUGACAAGGCUUCUUUCUGCAUCUCUGGCUGAAGCUGCAUAUGAAUCAAACAGGCUUAGCAUAAAAAUAAAUAAAACAAAUCUUUAUAUUCUGAUGUCCUUUUCUGUGGGGAAUGAUUUACUAAGAAUGCUUUUUGUUUGCUAUUUGGCUACUGUUUGUGGUACCUAAAGUUUGAAUGUCAAAUUUGAGACUUUGACAGGGGCUCCCUGAGAGCUGCAGAUGGCUAGCAGGGAGAAAUUAUAGUAAAGAUCUGUCUAAGGCAUGCACUGCCAUCCAGAGAGAGUAUAUGGAUGGUCAGCUACUAAAAAAUAAAAGUCAUUAUUUUUGGCACGUCAAAACAGAAGAUUCCCUUACUGUUAUCUAGCUAAGGAGUUUGUAAUAAGUAUGCCAAAACUGAACGAAACAUUAAAACAUAUCAAAAUAAA